CCCCUCUCCAAGUCACUCUCAUUGCAACUCUUCCCCGCCGUCGCCCUUCGACCUUGGUACAGCAUUACUGCCGCUGUGACGAGACGAAGAGGCCCAGGACGAAAUUGACACCAUAUCUCCAUCUGACAUACCCCUCAUCUUCUUUCCACCAUGUCUCGUUUCGGAGCCAAGAAGGGCCGCAAGCUCCCCGGAGCAGAAUUCAGUUGGGAAACUGGUGAAGGAGGCGGAGAAAAUGACACCGCGCCGACGCCUCUCUUUCCGAAAUACCAUGUCCCCCGCGCCAGGCCGUUAACCCCCCACGAGCAGAUCCAGGUGGAUCAGUACCGGUCGCUUCGAGAACGAUUCCACGAUGGGCCGUAUUACUCUGUGCUGGACUCGGCGACGUCGUCGGCCAAGAAGGAGAGUGCCGCGCGGGUACACUUCGACCCGUUCCAUGGGAUGCCCUCGUACUCGGGCAAGUAUCAGAAAAAGAUGCGGACGUUGCCGAAGUUGGCGGGGAGGGAGUAUGUGAUGAAAUUCUUCCCCAAGGAAUUGUGGCAGACCAUUCAGCCGAGCUUCAAGCCCGAUGCUGCGAUGGACGGAUACGUGCUGCGCAUUGAUCGGCCCGGAAUCCGGCGCGGGUUUGAGGACGAUGAGGAUGAGGAGGACGACGAGGCGGGCAAGAAGGGAAAGAACGCAGAGGGCGAUGCGGAGAACGAGGAUGAUGAGCGGGAGGUCCUGGACCCCGAUGAGGAGGAAGAGGAGAUCAUGGAUGAUGACUUCGAGGAUGACGACGACGAUAUGGGUGGGGAUUACAACGCGGAGCAGUACUUCGAUGGCGGCGAUGAUGAAUACGGCGACGAUGGGUUCGGAGAUGGUGGCGGCGGCGGUGGUGAUGAGGAUACGUAUUAAAAAGCGGGCGCUUAUUUUUAAGAUACCCUUAUAUUCAUUAUCUCCUUCGAUCUUAUCAAUCUGAGCGAUUUAUCG